ACCCUAGCUCUUCUCUUCUAUUCUAGGGUUUAGACGGGCGAUGACCGAUUCCAUGGAGCGGCGCAAGCUAGGCGCUGCCGGCCGCAAGGUACUCAAGGUAGCGGUAGAGGAAUUUCCGCUGCGAUCGGCAGCGAUCCCGCCCUGCUCCAUCACUGCAGCUGCCGUGGCUCAGCAACGCGAGGAUUCUUCGGUUCUUGUCUACCUGGGGACAGAUUCAGGAUAUUUGCUUCUCUACUCGUGGAAAAGAUCGGCCAGUGCUGCUACUGCUGCUCUCCAAUCUCCCAGGAUCCGUCCGGCCAGGAGCUCUCCCCGGAAUUCACAGCCGUCGCCGCCGGCUUCUCCUCUCAGGCACUCGCAUUCUCCUUCCCGGGAAGGGAUCGACGUAGAGUCGCUCAAGAGCAAUGGAUCGGCGGCUUCUCCCGAGCGGCAGCGUAGCGAUUUGAGGCUCGUGACGCUCAAGUCUCUGGGACGGACCGUGGAAGCGGUGUGUGUUCUUGAGAUCGUCGGCCAGGCAGCGGUUCUUGUGGAUGGCCAGGUACUCCUCGUCGAUUUUCUCUCGUUGGAAUCACUGGGGAGCAUUCCAGGCUGCAAGGGCGUGACUGCCAUAGCUCACGCUAUAUCUUUCGAUGAGACGAGAGUCCCACCAUCGCCUCGGUUGGCGGAUGGUGGUGAUCGAGCUCAUUUGGCAGUGGCUGUGAGGAGCAAGAUCCUAUUGUUCGAGGUCGUCUCGUGGCGGCAAGAGAAAGAGAACGUAGCAUCACCGGAUGGUCUUCCAGUGACGAAGCUCUCUCUCAUGCGAGAACUCUUUGGGAUUGAAGGAGCUCACGCUCUUGCCUGGGUGAAGAACUCCAUCUUCAUUGGGACGAGCCGCGAGUACAUACUCUUCACCUUGCGGGACUCCCGAGCUACGAGGCUGUUUUCGUUUCCGGUGGAGAGCCCCUGGAAGCCUCUGCUCAAGCCAUUUCCAAAGGAGUCACUGGUUCUACUGGUGAUGGAUAUUGCGGGGAUCAUGGUGAACGAAGAAGGUCUUCCCGUGGGAGGAAGUCUGGUGUUCUCGGAGAUUCCAGACGCCGUUGGACAGAGCUCGCCGUAUGCAUUGGUCGUCAACAAGGGUGUUGUGGAGCUCUACCAUUCUCAAACCGGCUCCAAGGUCCAGUCGCUGGCCUAUGGCUCCGUUCCGGUUGAGCCACCUCGCCUUAUAACGGAUGAUAACGAUGGAAUCAUCGUCAUCGCCAAUGGUGACAAGGUCUCGUGUUUCACUCGAAUUUCGGUGGAUGACCAGCUAAAAGAUCUUUUAAAGCAGAAGCAGUACUCGGAGGCUGUGAAACUGGCGAAUGAGGAAGAGGGUGCUAAGUCAAAGCUGGGCAUGGUGCAUGCUGAAGCCGGGUUCUUGCUUCUUGCCGACCUCCGUUUUGAAGAAGCCAUUGAUCACUUCUUGCGGUCGGACAUUGUCGAGCCUAUGGAAUUAUUUCCUUUCUUUCCGUCUCUUACUUCUCGCUGGCGGAAUAUGGUCCCUCGAAAGCGCUACUGGGGGCUUCACGCACCUCCUCAGCCAAUACGUACAGUUAUCGAAAGCGGUUUAUAUUCUCUACAAAAUGGUCUGCUCACGUCGCCGAUUAAGUCGAAGCAGUUUCAGGGCGGUAGCAGAAGUGGACAAUUGAUGACACAGUAUCAAUUGGAAGCUUUUCAGUGUUUCGGGAGAUACUGGGAGACAACACGGAAAAAAGAUUUAAGCUCGACAUCAAGAGAUGCCGUCGAUACGGUCUUAGUGAAGCUUUAUAUCGAACUAGGGGCUACAAAGGAGCUUGAAGCGCUUGUUGCCGCCAGCAAUCACUGCCUUUUGGAGGAAGUGGAAAGCUUGCUAAGAACCUCUGGGCAAUUUCGUGCUUUGGCGUUUUUGUACGAAAGUAAGAACAUGCUGGACUGUGCGCUCGAAACAUGGCACUAUCUUGCUCAAUCAGCCGAGCAGUCAGCCACACUGGAAACAGCUAGGCUGCUAGAGAGAUGUUUUGAUACUGACUUGGUACUCCGGCACGUACUUUGGGUUAUUCGAUUGGACGAGAACAUGGCAUUCCGUAUACUCACAUCGCCUCAAAGGACUAAAGCACUUCCAGCAGAUGAUGUUCUACGAGUACUUGAAGCAGACAGCACCAUGAUUCGUCAAAGGUACCUACAAUGGCUUAUUGAUGACCAGGGCUUUGACGAUGCGCAUAUUCAUACUGAACUGGCACUGUCUCUUUCUCACUCAGUACUUCAAGCUGACGAGGGACCGGAUUCCAGAGCGGCUUUACAGUCCUUUCUUGAGAGUUCGAGUAAGUAUGAUGUUGGUGCUGUGCUCGACUUGAUAAGAGGAACAAAUCUCUGGAGGGAACAGGCAAUUUUGCAUAGGAAACAGGGAAAUGAGAAACUCGCACUGGAAAUCCUGGCUUUGAAACUCGAGGAUAGCGAUGCUGCAGAAAACUACUGUGCAGAGCUUGGCCGCCCCGACGCAUACAUGCAGCUGCUCCAGACUUAUCUUGGGAACGAAGGAAAUAACGUAAAACAUGCUGUUCGGCUACUUGAUCGGCAUGGUCCCCAGCUCGACCCGAUAGAAGUUUUGGAUGCUUUGCCACCGGACAUGCCACUUCACUUGGCAUCUGAGGCGCUCGUGAGAACGCUACGAGCUCGCAUUCAUCUCCAUCGCCAGGGCCAGAUCGAAAAGCACUUGACUCGAGGCAUCAACUUCCAGACCAGGAUGGAAAAACUCGAGGAAAGAUCUCGGGAGAUUCAAGUCACUGGCGAGAGUGUCUGCAGCUCGUGCAACGCACGGAUUGGAACAAAACUCUUCGCAGUUUUUCCAAACGAAUCAAUCGCUUGCUACAAGUGCUUGAGACUACACGAACAAAACACGCAGUAAAUUUUGCCACUAGGUAGUAACUACACAAGCAGUAAAAAUUUUGUCAAUAAUCUUACUGCCACGCGUCGCAA